AUGGCUGGCAUGCAGAACCCAUGGCGGGCAUCCCCAACCGCCCAUGGCGGGCAUGCCGAAUGCCAUGGCCACAUGGGGGCAGAGACCCUUCGGACAGGCGCACCCGCGGCUGCCGGUGUGCCCGCUGCUGGGCAGCCAGUUGCUGCAGCUGGACAGCCUGCUCCCGCACAGACCUUGCUGGCAAAGGCAGCCAUCACGCAGCCAGCCGUGCCUGCAGGUACGCCCGCAGUUCCUGGCGCGCCGGGUGUCCCUGGACAGGCCGUGCCGGCGCAGAACCAGCUGGCACAGGCAGCCGCCACACUGCCAGGCAUGCACCAGCCGGCAGGUGCUUCCGCAGCAGGCCUGAACAACCUGGCCUACAUGGUGCAGCAGCGCGCGCAGGGAGAGUUGACGUACCACUAUUACCAGUAUGUGCCUGGAUACGGCUAUGUCUACGAGCCGGGGCUCAAGGCAGAUGGCCAGAAGCUCGCCGCGCUCCUCAAGGAUGGAAGGAAGACCACGAAGACCUGCGGCUGUCUUCAAUCCUGGACCCACAAGGGACAAGCGUGCAGCGACUCCUGCUGUAACCCGGACAACGAUGCUGGUGGCCCAUGGUGCUUUGUGAUGGACCAGGCCUGCCAGGGUGACACCUGGGGUACCUGCGAGCCCCUCCCGGCGCUCGCUGCCGCGCCCGCACCCUCUCCGGCAGCCGCGCCCGCCGCGCCCGCGCCCGCGCCUGCAGCUGUCGCACCUGCCAAGAUGCUGGCGCAGAUGACAUCAAACAUGACCGAGGCAACUGCCGCCGACGAUGCUGCCGUGGAGGAACUUGCAGCUGUUUUGGGCUCUGACAAGAUCGAGGUGAAGGAGGAAGAGCCGAAGAGGAACCUUCGCGCGAGCUUUGUGCAGCGCAAGCAGGGUCUGGAGCAGGUCGAGGGGUCCCCCUGCGAUUGCGGUUCUGACUGA